GACAAAAAAAUUCGUGCAUUUUUGUCUGCUACUUUACCUAAUCGAGAUUCUAGAAGAAGAGAAGACUGACUCACAAAUCUUAGGGACUGAGUUUGCGGUUAACGUAAUAGACGAAACUUAAUCUAUGGAGAUUAAUCUACAAAAUGUCAGGAUUUUCUGAUGCCGCACUAGAGAAAAAAUUAGCCGAACUAAACAACUCUCAACAAAGUAUUCAAACAUUGUCUUUGUGGUUAAUCCACCACCGUAAACACCAUGCUAGUAUCGUCAAAAUUUGGUUAAAGGAAUUCACGAAAGCCAAGGACAGUCGAAAACUCACUUUCAUCUAUCUUGUCAACGAUGUCAUCCAGAACAGCAGAAAGAAAGGUCCAGAAUUUAGAGAUCACUUUGGUCCAAUUCUUGCUCCAGCCCUUAAAUUGAUGGGUCAAGCUGUCAAUGAUGAAAACACUCAGAAAAGACUAGAACGAAUUCUCAAUAUUUGGGGAGACAGAAACAUGUUUGAUUCCAAACAGAUUGCUGAAUUCAGAAAAUCAUUAGAAUCAUGUCUCAAGAGAAGAUUUGACAAUGGAGAACCCCCUGUCAAAAUAUCAAGAAGAGAUAGGGGUGAGAGCCGCGAAAUGUUAGAAAAUGUCAAAGAAAACAAAGAGCAAGAAGAUCCUGAUAAAACUAAGAAAGAACGAAGAAAAUCAGAAUGUAAUGAAGUGAUACAGUUUGAUAAGGAAGGAAAGAAAGAAGUCCACAUAACUUUGUCUCCAAAACUACCUGCUAAUGAUGCUCCAGAACCUGAAGAACUUGUUAAAGCACUUCAGACCCUUGAAAAUGCAGCAUCAAGUGAUGGUAUUGUCAGGAAAAAAAUUACUGAAUUGCCUCCUGAAGUAUCAGAUGUCAGUUUGCUUUCAAAAAUCUCAGAUCAAGCUCAAGCAGAAAUGUUAACUGGUAAAGUAAACGAAGCAGUUGAGUUACUUAAUGACUACAAUGGCCGAUUGUUGAAGGAGAUGGAGGAUCGAAAAACGGUAACUAAAAUGCUGCAUGAUUUCACGGCAGCACAGAAAGAACUUUUAGUUCAAGCUGAAGAAAGACUUCAGGAGUAUAAAGAGAAAUUAUCCAAAGUAUACCAAGUUCGCGAAGAAUUGCGUUCUCACGUUUCCAGUCUACCAGAUCUUUCGCAGCUACCCGACGUCUCGGCUGUUCCACUACCCUCAGCGGGUGACCUUUUCAGUCUGCGUUGACUUAAUUUUUUUUUCUUUUCUUUCAAGCAAUUGCUUGAAUUCAUAUUUAAUGCAUCUGGCGAAGACUUUUGUUUCAGCGUUCAAAACCCGACUGUAGUUAAGUGUUGAGAUUCGAUUGGUGAAAGCAAAUUUCUUUUUGAACGUAAAUUUUGAUCGUCACUCUCCCAUUCUAUCUCAACCAUUGAUUGCUGCCUACUAUUAUAUAUUUGGAGACUCUUGAAUUUUUUACAUGAUGAUCUCCGUUCGAGGUAAAAUCCUAAAUUGCCAACGUUUAGUUCGCUCUGCUAAGGCUAUAUUGUAUGUUGUACAACGUCAAGCAUAAAUAAAAACUAAACUAGUGUAA